UCCGGGCGGUCGCAUUGUUUUCCUCCGCGGAGCCGCGGCGGGAGUGGGGGCUGCGACUAGGACCCUGGGCUUCCCUUCCCUGACAGCGCCCCGGGGUCCAGAUCCAAGCUCCAUCCAACUCAGACGCUUAUCACACCUCGCCGGAGCCCCAAACACGGAUUGCGAAGUCGGUGCGGUGCGGGGCCCCUGCGCGCCCGCUGCGCUCUUGAUCCUGCUGGCCCGGAUCUCGGAGCAAGUCAAAGGUCUUCUGUCCUCAAACCCCAACAGCAGUCACCACCCCAGGGCCAGCAUAUGGGUGAGGGGGUACCCCCUGGGGCCUGAGCUGCCCCCCACAGGAUGCCCCGCGCCCCCCACUUCAUGCCCUUGCUACUACUGCUGCUUCUGCUCUCACUGCCCCACACCCAGGCCGCCUUCCCCCAGGACCCCCUCCCUCUGCUGACCUCUGACCUGCAAGGUACCUCCCCAUUAUCCUGGUUCCGAGGCCUGGAGGAUGAUGCUGUGGUUGCAGAACUUGGACUGGACUUCCAGAAAUUCCUGACCUUGAACCGGACCUUGCUAGUGGCUGCCCGGGAUCACGUCUUCUCCUUUGAUCUAAAAGCUCAAGAAGAAGGGGAGGGGCUGGUUCCCAACAAGUACCUAACAUGGAGGAGCCAAGACACGGAGAACUGUGCUGUGCGGGGGAAGCUGACGGACGAGUGCUACAACUACAUUCGUGUUCUUGUUCCCUGGGACUCGCAGACACUCCUUGCCUGUGGAACGAACUCAUUCAGCCCCGUGUGCCGCAGCUAUGGGAUAACUUCGCUGCAGCAGGAGGGUGAGGAGCUGAGUGGGCAGGCUCGAUGCCCCUUUGAUGCCACCCAGUCCAAUGUGGCCAUCUUUGCAGAGGGCAGCCUGUAUUCAGCCACAGCCGCAGAUUUCCAGGCCAGUGACGCUGUAGUUUACAGAAGCCUUGGCCCUCAGCCCCCGCUCCGCUCCGCCAAGUACGACUCCAAGUGGCUCCGAGAGCCACACUUUGUCCAUGCCUUGGAGCAUGGAGACCAUGUCUACUUCUUCUUCCGAGAGGUCUCUGUGGAGGAUACCCGGCUGGGGAGGGUACAGUUCUCCCGUGUGGCCCGUGUGUGUAAGCGUGACAUGGGUGGCUCACCUCGGGCCUUGGACCGGCAUUGGACAUCCUUCCUGAAGCUUCGGCUCAACUGCUCUGUCCCUGGGGACUCUGCCUUCUAUUUUGAUGUCUUACAGGCCUUGACUGGGCCUGUGAACUUGCAUGGCCGUUCUGCGCUCUUUGGGGUCUUCACUACCCAGACCAAUAGCAUCCCUGGCUCCGCAGUCUGUGCGUUCUACCUGGAGGAUAUUGAACGUGGAUUUGAGGGCAAGUUCAAGGAGCAGAAGAGUCUGGAUGGGGCCUGGACUCCUGUGUCUGAGGACAGGGUCCCCUCCCCCAGGCCAGGAUCCUGUGCAGGAAUAGGUGUAGCUGCCCUGUUCCCGUCUUCCCGAGAUCUCCCUGAUGACGUCCUGACCUUCAUUAAGGCUCACCCACUGUUGGACCCCGCCGUGCCACCUGCCACCCACCAGCCUCUGCUCACCCUCACCAGCAGGGCCCUACUGACCCAGGUAGCUGUGGAUGGCACCGCUGGUCCCUAUGGUAACACCACAGUCCUGUUCCUGGGCUCCAAUGAUGGGAGAGUGUUGAAGGUGCUGCCCCCCGGGGGCCAAUCUGGGGCACGUGAGCCCAUCCUGUUGGAAGAGACUGAUGCCUACAGCCCCUCCCGGUGCAGUGGGAAGCGGGCAGCCCAAACAGCGCGGCGGGUCAUAGGGCUGGAGCUGGACACUGAAAGUCACAGGCUCUUCGUGGCUUUUUCUGGCUGUAUCAUCUACCUCCCUCUCAGUCGGUGUACCCAGCAUGGGGCCUGUCGGAGGAGCUGCCUGGCUUCUCAGGACCCAUACUGUGGAUGGCAUAACUCCAGAGGCUGCGUGGAUAUCAGGGUACCUGGUGGGACUGAUGUGGAUCCAGCUGGGAACCAGGAAUCCAUGGAGCAUAGUGACUGCCAAGACGGAGCUGCUAGGAGUCAGUCUGGCACGGGGUCUUCUGCUUACGUGCUUCUGGGUCCUGGCCCUUUCCCUGAGACCCCCAGCCCCCCCAGUGAUGCCCACCCCCGGCCCCAGUCUUCCACUCUUGGAGCUCACACGCAGGGCGUGCGCCGGGACCUUCCCGCAGCCUCAGCCUCCCGCUCGGUCCCCAUCCCACUUCUCCUGGCCUGUGUGGCGGCAGCCUUCGCCCUGGGCGCCUCAGUCUCUGGCCUUCUGGUCUCCUGUGCUUGUCGCCGCGCCCACCGACGUAGGAGCAAGGACAUGGAGACCUCCGGGCUCCCACGCCCUCUCUCCCUUCGCAGCUUGGCCCGGUUGCACGGGCCAGGCCCAGAGCCACCGGCGCCCUCCAAGAACGGAGACACGGCGCAGACCCCCCAGCUCUAUACCACCUUCCUGCCUCCUCCCGAGGCUGGGCCCCCGCCGGAGCUGGCCUGCCUGCCCACCCCGGAGUCCACGCCCGAGCUGCCGGUCAAGCACCUCCGCAACGCGGGGGGUUCCUGGGAGUGGAACCAGAAUGGGAACAACGCCAAGGAGGGCCCAGGCCGCGCACGCAGCGGGAACACGGCAGGCGGCCCGGCGCCGCGUGUGCUGGUGAGGCCCCCGCCGCGCGGCUGCCCCGGGCAGGCCGUGGAAGUCACCACCCUGGAGGAACUGCUGCGCUACCUGCACGCCCCGCAACCAUCCCGCAGGGGAGCAGAGUCCCUGGGCCCCCUUACCCCGCGGGCGCUCCCCGCAGAGCCCGCCCCCACCCCCGCCCUCUUGGGGGGCUCCAGCCUUCUGCCCCGGGAAUGUGCCCCACCGGUGCGCCUGGACGUGCCCCCAGAUGGGCAGUGCCCGGUGCCCCCAGGCCGGCCGGUCCCCGCUCCCCGGCUGGGGGUGGGGGGCAGCCGGAGGUUGCCCUUAUCCGCCCACCGUGCACCCCCCGCCCUGCUCACUCGAGUCCCUUCGGGAGGCCCCUCCAGGUACUCCGGGAGACACCUGUAUCUGGGCCGCCCGGAGGGCUACCGGGGCCGCACCCUGAAGAGAGUGGAUGUGGAGAAGCCCCAAUUGCCCCGGAAGCUACCCCUGGUCGUACCGACCUCCCAGCCGCCGGCCAUCCCUAACGGCAGCCAUUUUAACUUCUAAAUGAAGGGGCUCUGCCUUGGCCGUGAGCACGGACAUGCCUCCAAGGAUAGGUCACCUCCCUCUCUCCUCGUCCCACACCUCGAGCCUUCCUGGACUCUGAGAGUCUCCGGGGUCCCUGCCCACCUCGGGUUUAUUUAUUGACUGUCUUUCCCUCUGUCCCCUCAAGAAAGGAGUGGGAGAUGAGAAGCUUGCCCCCUCAAUGAGCCAGCUUUUGGGGGGGGCUGGCACACUCCGCUCCCACUCCUCACUCCUCCAGCCAAGCUGCCUUAACUCGCCCCUCUGGGCUUCCUCCCUAGACUGGGCCCCCGGCGGCCGCAGGCGGACAGACAUGGGGCUGGGGCCAUGGUGCAUUGUGUACGGAGUCCUCCGGGUCUCCUGGGACUUGCCUCCUCCUACUGUGUAGGAGCCUUCGCUCCCCAAUACA